AUGUUUUAUGUAGGUCUAUGACGUCAACAAAAGAGCCAAAAAUGCCUUGCCGAACAAGUUAGGCACUACAUCAUUCACUGAAUAUGAAAAACUAUUAUAUGGAGAAGUUGUGGACAAAAUCCGUGCAAAUGCAUUUACAGGGUAUAAGCAACAAGGUUUAAUGAGUAAUGGCCACCUCAACAUUAGCAUUACAAUAAGUUACAGAAUAGAAAAGUAGAACACCAAUGACUUUCUGUGUAGGCUAAUAUACACACAUUGUGACUGAUACAGUCAGAGUUAGCUUGACUAUUAAAGAAGAUAUUUUUUUAUCUGCCACAGUCGAAAAUCUGAAAAAUUCUACAAAGAUUCACUGGUGUUUAAGACGUACAGAUAUUUCACAUCACAGAAAAAAUAAUUUCGGUGAAUUUCUAUUCAAUAUUUACCAUCAAAACACAUUGUAUUUAAAUUAAAAUCGAAGUCAAGCUAAAUUUAAUGUUGAACUUUUCUAUCUAGGUCAUUAUUCUAAACGGUGUCAAUAUGUAGAGUUCACGCAAAUCGUCUAUUUGCAAUAUACUUAGUGUAUUCCUCAGCGUCGACACAGACCAGGGUCACUUUGGACUAGUAAAGUAAAUAUCUUGUAAAUAUAGAUUACGUUAGCAAGUGGCAUAUUGCAGACAAUGGCGGACGACGAAUUAACAGUUCUCUACAAUCCAGGAUCGUUUUACUCACAAAAGGUUGCACUAUAUCUGAAGGAGCGGAAUAUUUCGUUCAACGAAAAUAUCAUCAAUUUAGCCGGUGGAGAAACAUACAAACCAUGGUUCCUUAGAAUCAACCCUGAGGGCCAGGUGCCCGUUCUAAAGCACCAAGGGAAAUACAUUCCAGAUUCUAAAGCCAUUAUUGACUAUCUGGAGAAUGCCUACGACACGUCUCCGAAGUUGUUACCGCCAGCUGGAAGCGACGAAAGAGAAAAAGUUCAACGUCUCUCAGAGCUAAUCAGUAGCGUUGAGAUAGAAGUAAUAACCUUUGGGAUGAUGAUAUUUCCCCACUACACACAGGAAGGUCACAUCACGGGUAUCAUUGCCCGGCUUGGACGAUGGAGAGCUUCAAGAAUGGGGAAAUACGCUGCGGGGUUUGAAAAAGUUAAGGCAGCUUACCCCGACCUACGGGAGGCAUACAGUAAAAAAGCAGCGUUCUUGAGCAACUUUGUGAAGCGGUUCAAUGAUGAGGCCACAGUGAAAGAAGCUUUGGAAAAGGCGGAAAAAGUUUUUGAUGCAAUUGAAGAUAAACUACGCCUGCGGGAUAACGCCGGUGGCGACUGGUUGUGCGGUCCAGCCAUGACAGUGGCAGACAUUCACCUUGCAGUUCUAUUCGGGCGUCUCAACUUUCUGGGUUUGAGACACCGCUACUGGGAAAACGGCAGACGACCGAACACUAAAGCAUACUACCUUCGUCUAAAGAAACGCGACACCUACCGAUCAGUGUGUGAAAAGGCCUUUAAUCCAAUCACAAUGCUGCUUAUUCCAAUGUUCCGCGCAAAAUUGCCAUUGAUAAUAGGUGUCAGCACAGUCGUGGCGGCGGUGGCUGUCGGUUUUCACAUCUGGCGACGUGGGGAUCUUGACCUCGAGAAACUGUGCGAGAAACUGCAGUUUUGGAAAAAUUAAAUAUAGAUAUAAUUAAAUAUAGAUGCAUGCUUAAUCAAGCUGUUUUAAUCACAGGAAGGCUAAAAGGAAAACUAAUAUUUUAAGGGAGAUCUCAAAUAAACGAUUGUUAUUUUAUAUAUGUAUGCAAAAUAGUAGGCAACUCCUACAUAUGUAUGUAUGGUUGUAGACUUGAUUUAAUUUUAAAAAGUAAAAUGGACCAUGGUUGAUUUUCCAGAAGAGAACCAAAGUGGAUGAGUACUAUCAAGCACCUGUGUAGAAGAGUUGUGUAAUGUAGGCGACAUGUCAAGCCUCAGUUAGGCUAACGCACCACUUUCUGUAUUUACACUGUUACACAUUGUUUCCUAUUUAGUUACA